GCCAUUACGAGUUUAUUUGCCGUUAUUGAAUACCUGUUUCACAGAUGACGGCGAAUACAGUCCAAAUGUUGUUAAACAAUCACGUUCUCAAUUUCUCGAAUGUGACCUUCCGAUUUAUAAUUUACACCAGGUGUUUGAAAUAAAAUACUCCAAAAUGGCGAACGAAAAAACUAUGAAGGGGAAUAUAGAAGAAUUUGCCGUCCAGAUGAAAAGAUUGGUGAACAACAAAGAACAAAGUGACAUUAAAUUUUUGAUCGGAUCCAAUAGAAAACCAAUAUACGCACACAGAUGCAUCCUAGCCAAUCGAUGUGCUGUUUUCAAGGCAAUGUUUCAAGAUCAGGCACAAAGAGCUGGUGUGGUAGACAAUACUGUCCCUUUUGUUCUGGCAGACAUGACACCGGAUAUAUUUCUUGCUGUGAUGGAAUUUAUCUACACCAACUGUGUAACACUGACACCAAAAAUUGCUAUUGAUUCGCUAGGAAUAGGAUUAGAAUACGGGCUAGAAGAAUUAAGAAAGCUUGCAGGCCACUAUUUGAUAGAGAAUUUAGCAGUCCACAAUGUUUGCGAAUGUUUACAAGCAUCGAUAGUGUUCGCCCAGAAUGAACUCAAAGACGCAUGCAUCUUAUAUAUUGAUAAGCACACCGAGGAUGUGUUUAAAUCAAAGGGAUUUGCAGAGCUGUCCGAAGAAUCAUUGGUGGAGUCACUAAAGAGCGAUGGUUUAACAAUGGACGAAUCGAAGAUACUGAAAUACAUAAGAGACUGGGCACAAGUGAAUUCUGUCGUUCUUAAGAAGCCAUAUGUAGAGAUAGGAAAGAAAGCAGUAAAACAGAUAAGAUUAACACUUUUUACCCCAGAAGAAAUAGAGAAAAUUGAGGUUGAAAAUAGAAAAGAACCCUUUGUACCAAUCGAGUGCUUCAGCGUAGCAUGGAAGUUUCAUGCAACAAAGAAAAGCGACAGUGGUAAUCCUCUUAUGAGAGUUCGCAAGGGCACAGACAGCAGGGAACACCACACUUACUUGUUAACCGAAGCGCCCUCAGCUUAAACCUAGAUGAAUUUGACUUGACUGAGAGAACUGCUAGAUGCUUUUUAUAUAAAAAAAAAAAAAAAAAAUGUCUGUUGUUGUUCCUUAUUUGACAUUUGUAUUUAAUUGAGCAAGCACAGGACCACAUAUUUGUCUCAUUUGAGAUGACAACUUGCAAACAGUUAUGCAGCACAUUAAUAUGUGAAUAAAAAAGGAAACUGACAAGCUAAUUUUAUAACAGGGUUAUUAUAAGAAUGUUUUUAAAUAUGAAG